AUGCAAGGACCAGUUCCGCCUUCCAAGACCUUUCAGCCACCGGGCACCUCCAGCGUUACAUGCCUGGCACACAGUAGGUCCUCGACGCACGUUAACUUUCUUCUUCACGUCCCUCAUUUCCCCUGGGACUCCAGCCUCAAACUGCCUGGGGCAUGGGCAUUCUCUCCACCUCCCACGAGCGCUGCUCUCCCUGAAGAGGGCCUGGCCGUGCGGGGUCUCGCCAGCCCCGCCGCGGUGCGGGCCGGCAGCCGCCCGCCCAGGGCCUACUACGCGCCGGGUCCUGCGCGCGCUUCCCGAGGACCGCAGAGGUGGCGGGACCUUAGAAGCCGAAGGGAUGGGAAGAGCUGCGCGCGCGCUUUCCUCAGCCCUUUACUGCACGCCGGGCUCUGGGGAAAUGAGCCCGACUUCGCCCUGCUUUGUCCCCUCCGCAGCCCCACGGCUGCCCGGCGAACGCAGGCGCUCCACACACACCUGCUGCCCGCACGGAGCCGGCGGGAGAGGAGGAGCGAGGGGCCCGCCGCCCUCGGCGCUGGCCAGGCUCCCCGGCUCGGGCCCCUCCUAGCGGGCCUCCGGCUCGGGGCGCCCGGGGCGAAGGCGCAGGGCCCCAGGGCGGCGGGCCCGGGCGUUAGGUGCGGGCCGGGGCGGCGCCAGCCUUUGCCCGCGUCCCCUCCCGGAGGCGGGUCCCGGGAGGGGCUGGCACGCCCGCCGCGCCGCGCCCGCGCCCCGCGCCGCCUUCUGGCCGGCCCGCAGGCAGGCGGCGCCGGCCGGGAGGUGCUCGCCUCCCGCGCCCGGGCCCGCGCGUUGCCGGGCAGCGGCUCCGAGGCUCCGAAGGGGCGGAGCGCGAGGCCGGCGUGCGCUGGCGCCCCUGUCCGCGGUUCCGGCCCGGCCCGCCCCGCCUCGCCGGCCUCCUCCCGCCGGUGCGCGGCGCCCCGUCCAGCCGCAGCCGCAGCGGCCGCCCCUCCGGGCCUGAGCGCGCCGAGCCGCGAGCCGGGGCCGGCCGGCUUGGACUGCGGGGGCGCGGCGCCGACGCCGAGCGCGGCCAUGGAGGGGAAGCCCCGCGCGGGUCGCGCUGGUCCUGGGCCGGGCGGCCGCGGGCCUUCCGCCCGCCGCGCCCGCCGCCGCCGCCCGGGGCUGCUGCUCCCCGGGCUCUGGCUGCUGCUGCUGGCCCGGCCGGCCUCGUGCGCCCCAGAUGAGCUCUCUCCGGAACAGCACAACCUCUCUGUCCCCUCCGAGGAGCGCGUGCUGAAGAGGAGCCCCACGCACAGUGCUGCACAAGUGGCCUUAACAGAAACCGCCCCAGGGUCCCAGCAGAGCAGCUCCCUCCAUGGCAUCUCCUCUCCAUCUGCCACUACUUUUGAUACAACCUUUUUUAGCCAAGGAAAAUGGACCCAAAGUGCAGCAGGUCACAGCCUCCUCGUGGCAAGUUACGCGUCGGUAGCGAGCAACGAGGCGGCCGUCGAUGAGGAUGAAAUGGAUAACUUUCUGCCAGAUGCCCACUGGCCCACCCCACGGGUGGCUGCUCCGGUGGAGUAUGUCGCAGUCAGCUCGCCAGGGCCGCCCAGAGAAGCGUCAGAGCCCACGCUCACUCCGGCGCCACCCGUGACCUCCUUGCAGGAUACAGAGGUGACGUCAGCCUGGCAGACCACAGCGCACCCACCGGCAGGACACGCUGGGGCCCCCAGCCGUUUCAGCGCCUUCCCAUCAGCUUUUCCCACCUCCGAGGGCAUGAUUCCAACUCCUAGCAGGAAUUUGGUGCUUUAUCCUCCUGAUAUUUACAGUCAGUUAUCAAGCAGGACUUUGCCAGAGAUUGUGGCUUCGGUGACGAAGGAAGUGGAGACCACCCUCCUCUCUAGCCCUGGGUCUCCAGGGCCCCAGCCGUCGGGCGGGGGCACCACCCCCCAGCCGUCCCCCUCGCUGGGGGAGGUCUCCCGGCCUCCAGAGGAGGUUCCGGCCGCAAGUACAGACAGAUACCCUGACGUGACCACCGGGUUGAGUCCAAGUCUAGAAGAAGCCAUCUCUCCAAGAGCAUCCCCUGCUGUGACCGUUUCCCACCUGGCCCUCGCACUCAGCACUCCACGUUCCGCUUGGUUUUCAACUCCUCUCGCAUUCGUUCCCUUUUCUACCCCGUCAGCCGAUGCUUCAUACGGCCCCUUCCUUCCCAGCCACCCCAGCGAGAUGACAGAACUGCUCGGCAAUUCGGCGGUCCCCGGUGGCCCGGGCGACACUCCCGUCCCCAGCCCCGUGGUGUCUUUGUUGAGGCCGUACACGUGGUGCGCGUCCUGCAGGGUGGCGUCGCCCCGGCCCGCUCUGGCCUCGAGCCUCGCGGAGAGAGACGUGGGCUCCGGGGACGGUGCGGAGACCCCGUGCCUGACCAUGCUGGAAGAAAGCAGCGUCUCUCCGCCGAGCAGGGUCCUGGCGGACUUCUCCGAGUUUGAGGAAGAGCCUCAAGAAUUCAAUACGCUUUUCCCCUCGAGGCCCGUGGUCUCACUUUCCUCCAGGUCUGUGGACGUCUCACACGCGAGCGUUGGCGUGUCGGCCGAGGCGGAUGUGAGCAGUGUCGUGGCCACACAGGUGCACCCGUCCCACGGCCUCCUCCCCGUGCCCUCGUCCCUUGGUCCUGCCGCCGCCGCCUCUGUUUCGGAGACCCAGGCGAUGCCAUCCGGCGCGACCGCUGCGUUUUCCUCAGUCACCGCCAGCAUUCUCCCGGACUCCUCUUUCUCCGUCAUGGCAAACAAAAACACACCCUUGGUCGCCAUCCCAGAGCCGAGUCUUUUUCCUUCUUAUAGUUUGGUUCCUCUAGCAGAGUCUUCGCUUUUCCCUGACCAAGAAGCAGCCAGUUUUUUUGAACACAAACCCGGAAGCAUUUUGGAUUCCGUGUCCAGCUUUUUCUCAACUCCCCCACUGGGAGUCAGCAGCCCCGUCCUUUCCCCUUUGGAGGCACUUGCUUCUCCGUCUCUGACGCCAGGUGACUUGUCACCCUCCAUGUCUCAGUCUUAUUCUGCCUUGGUCGAGACAGUCACAUCAUCCGACUCUGUUGAUUUGCAGUCACCUCAGCAUUCUCUUCCUAGUUCCACGAGCCUUGAGUCCUCUCAGCUCUGGCCAAGUUCAGACCUGCCUUUGAAUGCCGUCACCUUCCUGCCUAGUCACUCUGAAACGUCACCACGCUCGAGCUUCCCCUCUGGUUCUCCCAAGUUCACCGAAGCAUCACCGGUUUCUCUUACAGAUUCUGAAGCUCAUCUUACCUCAACUCUCACUGAAACUACCUCCUGUUUUGAGUUUUCGCUCAUUUCCCGUGAAUCCGCAGUCACCACACUGGUGCCCUCCAGCUCCGAGCCCGUCCUUGACGUCCUGACUGCAGGGACUCACGGCACGCCACCGUUGACUGCUUUCCACGUGACGCCUGUCCUCACCGAGUCUUCUCCGUUCUCAACUCCGACACCUUCCGACGAGGGAGCCAGUGCCACCGGUGGCCACUCACCUGUCUCUGCCUCUUUCUCCAAAGCCAUUCCCACCGGCACAGCCUCGAUCACUGACGUGUACCUGUCACCAGCAUCCUCGUUUGUCUCUGAGCUGACUCCCUCACCUGUGCCGACAGAGCCGGUGGUCGUGGGCCCACUGUUCACACCCUCAGAUGUGCCGCUGAACACCUCUGCUGAGCCGGGCACGUCCGACACCAGUGCUACCGUCGCCGUCCCCACUGACACCUCCCUGAAUGGCAACGCCGCCAGUGAGAGCCCCCAGGAGAGCAGCGCCGAGCCCCCCCUGCCCUCCCUGCACCCUGUGACCACCUUCACUCCGGAAGCAACGGUGGACACUCCAGCACUGGCCACCGCCAGGCCACCGUACGUGUGUGAUAUCACGGUGCCCGAUGCCUAUUUGAUCACAACUGUGCUGGCCAGAAGAGCCGUGCAGGAGUACAUCAUCACAUCAAUCAAAGAAGUGUUGAAGAUUCACUUCAACCGUGCGGUGGAGCUCAAGGUUUAUGAACUAUUCACUGACUUCACUUUCCUUGUAACAUCUGGUCCUUUCGUUUACACGGCGAUAUCGGUCAUAAAUGUGCUUAUAAACAGUAAACUCGUGCGUGACCAGUCUCCUUUAAUCCUGUCUGUGAAACCUUCUUUCCUGGUGCCAGAGUCCAGAUUCCAAGUUCAAACAGUACUUCAGUUUGUGCCUCCAAGUGUGGAUACUGGCUUCUGCAACUUCACCCAGCGCAUCGAGAAAGGCCUCAUGACAGCUCUCUUUGAAGUGAGAAAACACCACCAGGGGACGUAUAACCUCACGGUGCAGAUCUUGAAUAUCACCGUCAGUUCCUCAAGGGUGGCUCCUCGGCGCGGCCCGGUGAACAUUAUUUUUGCUGUUAAAAGCGCUCAGGGAUUUCUGAACGGCUCGGAAGUGAGCGAGCUGCUGAGGAACUUGAGUGUGGUGGAGUUCAGCUUCUACCUGGGCUACCCGGUGCUGCAGAUCGCAGAGCCCUUCCAGUACCCACAGCUCAACUUAUCUCAGCUGUUGAAGUCCUCUUGGGUCAGAACAGUCCUCCUGGGCGUCGUGGAGAAGCAGCUCCAGAACGAGGUGUUUCAGGCGGAGAUGGAGCGCAAGCUGGCCCAGCUGCUCAGCGAGGUGUCCACCAGAAGGCGCAUGUGGAGGAGGGCCACCAUCACCGCGGGGAACAGCGUGGUGCAGGUGGUGAAUGUGUCCAGGCUGGAGGGAGAUGACAAUCCCGUGCAGCUCAUCUACUUUGUGGAGGAUCAGGAUGGAGAGAGACUCAGCGCCGUCAAGUCUUCAGAUCUGAUCAACAGGAUCGAUCUCCAGAGAGCGGCCAUCAUCUUGGGUUACCGGAUUCAGGGCGCUAUUGCCCAGCCUGUGGACAGGGUGAGGAGGCCGUCUCCCGAGUCCCAGAGCAACAACCUGUGGGUCAUUGUCGGUGUGGUCAUCCCGGUGCUGGUGGUGACGGUGAUCGUCAUCAUCCUCUACUGGAAACUCUGCCGCACGGACAAGCUGGACUUCCAGCCUGACACUGUGGCCAACAUCCAGCAGCGUCAGAAGCUGCAGAUCCCUAGCGUGAAGGGCUUCGACUUUGCUAAGCAGCACCUGGGUCAGCACAAUAAAGACGACAUACUGAUUAUUCACGAGCCAGCGCCACUGCCAGGACCCGUGAAGGACCACACCACGCCCUCUGAAAACGGGGACGUGCCAAGCCCCAAGGCGAAGAUCCCUUCCAAGAACGUCCGUCACAGAGGAAGAGUCUCUCCCUCAGAUGCUGACUCGACAGUCAGCGAGGAGUCCAGCGAGAGAGACGUGGGAGACAGGACGCCGGGAGCGGUCAGCGACGGCAAGUCCCGCAGAGCCCCGCAGAGCGGGCCAGCACUCCCCAGCUCAGGGAACGAGCAGCAUUCGUCAGCCUCCAUCUUCGAGCAUGUGGACAGGAUUUCCCGCCCCUCGGAGGCCAGUCGGCGGGUGCCCAGUAAGAUCCAGCUGAUCGCCAUGCAGCCCAUCCCAGCACCCCCGCUUCAGCGGCCCCUGCCGGCCGACCGCGUGGCAGAAACCAACAAAAUCAACAAAGAGAUCCAGACGGCGCUGCGGCACAAGUCCGAGAUCGAGCACCAUCGCAACAAGAUCCGGCUGCGCGCCAAGCGCCGCGGGCACUACGAGUUCCCGGUGGUGGACGACCUGUCCUCGGGCGACACCAAGGAGCGGCACCGGGUGUACCGCAGGGCGCAGAUGCAGAUUGACAAGAUCCUGGACCCCACGGCCAGCGUGCCCUCGGUGUUCAUAGAGCCCCGGAAGAGUUCACGGAUAAAACGGUCUCCUAAGCCUCGCCGGAAACACCAGGUCAACGGCUGUCCCGCCGACGCCGAGAAGGACAGGCUCAUCACCACGGACAGCGAUGGCACUUACAAAAGGCCCCCCGGCGUCCACAACUCCGCCUACAUCGGAUGCCCCUCGGACCCUGACCUCCCAGCUGACGUGCAGACGCCGUCCUCGGUGGAGCUGGGGAGGUACCCAGGCCUGCCCUUCCCCGCCUCCCAGUACAUCCCGCCCCAGCCAUCCAUCGAGGAGGCCCGCCAGACCAUGCACUCCCUCCUGGAUGAUGCCUUCGCCCUGGUGGCCCCAAGCAGCCAGCCCGCCAGCGCCGCAGGUGCGGGCCCUGGGGUCCCACCUGGCCUGCCCAUGAACAGCACCCCUUCCCGGGAAGAGAGGCGAGCCACCCAGUGGGGGUCCUUCUACAGCCCAGCCCAGACAGCCAACAACCCAUGUGGUAGAUACGAAGACUAUGGAAUGACUCCCCCAUCAGGCCCAUUGCCAAGGCCGAGCCUCGGCCCCGGUUUGCUGCCGUCUUCGGAGCUGGCACCGCCUGAGCCCCAGCAGCCGCAGGCAGCGGCCGAAGCUCCGUUUGCUGCCCGCGGGAUCUACGCUGAGGAGAUGCAGCCGUCGGUGGCCCGGCCCCGGCCUGUCGGGGGCACCACAGGCUCCCAGAUCCAGCACCUGACGCAGGUGGGAAUCGCUAGCAGAAUUGGAGCUCAGCCGGUGGAAAUCCCAGCCAGCAGAGGCGGCCAGUACGGGGGCGCGGUCUGGCCUUCCUACGGGGAGGAUGAAGCGGGGCGGAGAGAGGCCACACACAUGCUCGGACAUCAAGAAUAUUCUUCUUCACCGCUAUUUCAGGUGCCAAGGACUUCAGGCAGGGAGCCCUCAGCUCCUCCCGGGAACCUCCCCCACCGAGGGCUGCAGGGCCCCAGCCUGGGCUACCCCACCAGCUCCACAGAAGACCUGCAGCCCGGUCACUCCUCAGCCUCUCUCAUCAAAGCGAUCCGCGAGGAGCUGCUCCGGCUCUCCCAGAAACAGAGCGCCGUGCAGAACUUCCAUAGCUGAUCGGGCUCGCCUGCAGAUUUGCCAAGUAUCCGCUUCCCGUGGAAGCAAGACCAAAAGAAAAUCAACUGAGUGGGUGUUUUUAAGAAGAAUUAGCGUCUCCUGGGCCAGCUGCCCAAGUAAGGGAGCAAGUUGCUAUUUUAGAAGAUGCCAUAAGUCAUGUGACAGCUCACGAUCCUUUACUGUGUUGGCAAUUUUGUGAGCACUUGGGUUCAGGUGAAAGUUACAUACUUUGGCCAAAAGCCGGCAGCACUUCACAAAACAAAACACAAACCCAAGCUAACAAAAUUACUAAAUCCGUCUCCUUUUUAAAGGCAAAACAUUAAAAUGUGUAGAUGGUAUAAGGAUUACAGGAAUUACGUGUUUCCAUGGGAUUCAGUCUGAUGUGUACGAUGAACCUGCUGCUUUGUUUUUCUGAGAAAAGAGAUUUGAAGACGUUUUAUUAACAGCUUGAUUUCCCUCUUUUACUCCAUAGGAACUUAUUUUAAUAGUAACAUUAACAGCAAGAAUACUAAGACUGUUUGGGAAUUUUAAAAAGCUACUAGUGAGAAACCAAAUGGCAGGUUGUAGAGCCUGGUGACUCCAAACGAAGCCAUCACUGCAUUCCUCCUCCUCCUCUUCCUUCUUCUGGUGCUACAGCUCAGCUCCAAGGGCCCCUUCCCCUUUACGUCUGAGAUGCAAGUUUGGCUUUUCCAGUGGAAGAAUAUGUUGAAGGUUUCAUUUUCUUCUAGGGGAAAAAAAAAUCCUCCCAAACAGGGGAAAAAGCUCAAUAUUUAUUUGGUUAUUCAAAAUACAUAACAUAUCCAAGUUCAGAUUUACGAUCCUUAAUCGCGUUUGCUGUUUGCUAAUUGCGCACGUGCGACUCCUGGGAGCACCCCCUUUCAGCACCUGUGUUAAGGCCAGUCCUGUAGAAUGAGGCUUGGAAGAGGUCCUAACGGAUCCCUGCACCUUGCUGGUGAUUUGCUCACAAAUUCUGUUUGAAUGAGAAAUCUUACGUAAGCAAAAGUUAUUUAUAAAAGUUCCUAGGACUACCAAAUUGUCAUGGCCACAUCCCUUAGUAAUCACAUUCCCUGUGUUCAAGAUCUGGAAAUGCAAUUGAGUUCAGUUCAGCCUCUCUGCAGUGGAUCAAGAAAUGUAAAGUAGAGCUUUGUGACCACAAGAGAAAGGAGAGAGUUGCCUCCCAUGUCUGAUUUUAUUGGGGUACUACUCUGUUGAGUGACUGUUAAAACUAUCUUAGCCACUUUGGGUUUGAGAGAAGGGAUCGUCUCUGUUAAGAUCUACUCCUGCAGUAUAGGCCUUUCCCCACUUCCCAAAUUAUAGCAAGAAAGAUGGCCAUGAGGGCUAUUCUGUUUUCUGGUGCCUGAGUGAAACUCAGAAGAAAAGCUGGCUUAGAUAAGAGAUUUGCACUACGAACCUCUUUUUAUUAGAUCAGCUAACACAGUCAUGCAUUGCCUAACGGCGGGGAUACGUUCUGAGAAAUGUGUGCUUAGGCGAUUUCAUCAUUGUGCGAACAGCAAAGUGCACUUGCACAAACCUAGACGGUAUGGCCUGCUAACACCUAGUCUAUUUGGUGUAGCCUUUGCUCCCAAGCUGCACACCUAUACCGCACGUUACUGUGCUGAAUACCGUAGGCAGUUAUAACACAGUGGUAAGUAUUUGUGUCUCUAAACAUAGAGAAGGAACAGUAAGAAUAUGGUAUUAUAAUCUUACGGGUCCACUGUCAUAUAUUCGGUCCACCGUUGGCCAAAACAUCGCGAUGUGGUGCAUGACUAUACUUUUAGCUAAAUAACAGAUGAACAGGUAGGAUUUGGGGCUCUGACU